CUGGCUUGCUCAGAACCCCUGCUGGCUACAGAACGGGGGCUUGUUUUCAACUUAGUAGUUGAAGGGGAGCAUGGAAGAAAGCAGACAGCAAAUGUGUGGAGGGGCCGGACGGCUGUGGUGGGGGAGCCGGUUAGAUCUUGGCCUUCCCAGGAUCAAGCACAGAGAUCCAGGGCUCCCCUUCCAGGGGCCCCCAGACCUGCCCCCUGGUUCUGCAUGUGAGAAGACUCAGGGAGACUCAGGCCCCACCAUGAUGCUUCAGCACCGCUCUGGUUCUAGACUAAACCUUCCCUUCUCCUGCCUGGGGGACAGGGCCUCUGAGGGCCCCUGCCAGCAGAUUGGUAGAGCAAGGAUCAUGGGCCCGGGGGCUGCUCAGCAGGGAGGGAGUGCCCCACCGCCCACUUUGUCUCUGGGGUUUAUGAGAAUUUCAACCUCAUGGUCACAUCCAUUCACCUCCUGGAGCCUCGGCUGUCCUGUGUGAAGAAUAGGAGGAACCAUUCUGCCCUGGGUGGACUUGGAACGCAGUGAGAUUACUGGAGGAGGUGAAGCCUGCCCUGCUGCUAAGGCCCAGCCCACCCCGGCUGGAGGUGGCGGCCCGCCAGGAUGAGCAAGCUGUCCGGGGACCUGCUGGCCCGCGACCUGGAGCGCAGCCUGCCGGCUGUGGCCUCCCUAGGUUCAUCGCUGUCCCACAGCCAGGGCCUCUCCUCGCACCUCCUCCCACCGCCGCUGCCGGAGAAGCGCCGGGCCAUCUCCGACGUCCGCCGAACCUUCUGUCUCUUCGUCACCUUCGACCUGCUCUUCAUCUCUCUGCUCUGGAUCAUUGAGCUGAACACCAACACAGGCAUCCAGAAGAACCUGGAGCAGGAGAUCAUCAACUACAGCUUUAAAACUUCCUUCUUUGACAUCUUUGUCCUGGCCUUCUUCCGCUUCUCCGGACUGCUCCUGGGCUAUGCCGUGCUGCGGCUCCGGCACUGGUGGGUGAUUGCGGCUCUGUCUUCGCUCUGUCUGUCUGUCUCUCCCUCCCCUGGGCAGGUCACCACGCUGGUGUCCAGUGCAUUCCUCAUCGUCAAGGUCAUCCUCUCUGAGCUGCUCAGCAAAGGGGCCUUCGGCUACUUGCUCCCCAUCGUCUCCUUUGUCCUUGCCUGGUUGGAGACCUGGUUCCUUGACUUCAAAGUCCUACCUCAGGAGGCUGAGGAGGAGCGAUGGUACCUUGCCGCCCAGGCUGCUGUCGCCCGAGGACCCCUGCUUUUCUCCGGUGCUCUGUCUGAGGGCCAGUUCUAUUCACCCCCAGAGUCCUUUGCAGGGUCUGACAAUGAAUCCGAUGAAGAAAUUGUUGGGAAGAAAAGCUUCUCCGCCCAGGAACGGGAGUACAUCCUUCAGGGGAAGGAGGCCAUGGCGGUGGUGGACCAGAUCUUGGCCCAGGAAGAGAACUGGAAGUUUGAGAAGAAUAAUGAAUAUGGGGACACUGUGUACACCAUCGAGGUUCCCUUUCACGGCAAGACCUUCAUUCUGAAGACCUUCCUGCCCUGCCCCGCGGAGCUGGUGUAUCAGGAGGUGAUCCUACAGCCUGAGAGGAUGGUGUUAUGGAACAAGACAGUGACCGCCUGCCAGAUCCUGCAGCGAGUAGAAGACAACACCCUCAUCUCCUACGAUGUGUCUUCAGGGGCCGCGGGUGGCGUGGUCUCCCCCAGGGACUUUGUGAAUGUCCGACGCAUCGAGCGACGCCGAGACCGAUACCUGUCCUCGGGCAUCGCCACCACGCACUGCACCAAGCCCCCGACGCACAAAUACGUCAGGGGAGAGAAUGGUCCUGGGGGCUUCAUCGUGCUCAAGUCGGCCAGUAACCCCCGAGUCUGCACCUUCAUCUGGAUCCUUAACACAGAUCUCAAGGGCCGCCUGCCCCGGUACCUCAUCCACCAGAGCCUCGCAGCCACCAUGUUCGAAUUUGCCUUCCACCUGCGGCAGCGCAUCGGAGAGCUGGGUGCCCGGGCAUAAGGGUGCCUCCUCGCCACCCUGCGGGCCAGGGUCCUGUCGCCACGGCCUCCAGAGCCAGAGGGGGCCACUGCUUGGGCUUCCCGCUGCCCACUGAGGACCUGGGCUCAGCAGUGGGGAGGGAGGCGCUUCCCAACCAGCAGCACUGUGACCUGAGCUACCCCCCGACACCGAGCUUCCUGCGCCUGGAGGCGGCCAUGAGCCGGCUGAGGGCCCAAGCACGAGGACUCUGCCGUUGCGCCCGAAUGGGCCUUUCCUGCCAGCGGUCACACGGCCUCCUGCCUCUGGGAAGAGCAGACCCGCCGUCCCCUACUUGGCCCAGGGCGGGGUCUGGAACGGGAGCCACGGACUCAGCGGUAGAGGACCCUGGGCAGGACUGAAGUUGGGGCAGCUCGUCACCAGUGUGAAGGUGUGGGAGCCCCUUCUUCUGCCUGCUCUCGCAUCACGGUUUUUUAGGAUUAUUUAAAGGGUCUGGGACCUUUCUCCACUUGCACUUCCACUUGUAGGGGUGUGGGUGGCAGGUGAGGGUGGUGGGCACUGCCGGGGAACCUGCCUCUCCCAGGUUCUCUCCAGGUUGCUGCCCUCCACCCCCACCCCCAGGGCCUCCUUGGGGACCUUUGUAAUUUGAGCCAAUUAAAAACAGGAACUCAAAAAAAAAAAAA